CGAUACGUACAGUACGCACAAACGAUUCAGUAGGGAAUUUAUUAUGUUGGCAAUAGUGAACGGAGGACUCUGAAAUCUGUACAUUUUAUAACCUAUACGUUCGUUUUUGUGCUGCGAUCGGUCUUCAUCAAAAUGUCUACGAACAAUAUUGAAACCGAGAAUGAAAGAAAUGAAGAUAAGGAGCAGGACAUUGUUGACCCUGUUGACUUUUCCAUUAAGCAUCCCUUGCAGAACAAGUGGACACUUUGGUAUUUUGAAAAUGAUCGUACCAAUACCUGGGAGAAGAACCAGAAAGUGAUUGCUUCCUUUGACACAGUGGAAGAUUUUUGGAGUUUAUACAAUCACAUUAAAUUGGCAAGUGAGCUGAGGCAGGGAUGUGAUUACUCCUUAUUCAAGCAUGGUGUCAGACCAAUGUGGGAGGAUGAGACUAAUAAACGAGGUGGCAGAUGGCUUAUUAGCCUAGAUAGAAAACAGCGCGGAAAUGAUUUAGACCGAUUUUGGUUAGAUAUUAUUUUAUGCUUAAUUGGUGAAGCAUUUGAGAAUUCUGAUGAUGUAUGUGGUGCUGUAGUCAAUAUUAGGUCAAAGGGUGAUAAAAUUGGGAUAUGGACUAAGAAUGCCACUCGUUCCGAAGCAGUGCUAGAAAUCGGGCGUAAGCUGAAGGAGCGCCUCCGUAUAAAACCCAAGGAUCAAAUUGGUUAUCAAGCCCACAAGGACACGAUCGAUAAGGCCAGCUCAAUGACCAAAACAUCGUACAAUAUAUAAAAAGUGAACUCAGCGACGCCCUCAGAUCAACCCAGAGCAAUCGUAUGCGAGAUUAUUGAAAAGCACGAAGUUUAAUUUGCGGCCCAUUAUGAUUUUUAAGUUACUAUCCCGCAACGAAUAUGUUUCCAUCCAUAGGUUGAUCGAUGCGUAGUUACAAUUUGCUACUUAUAUUUUCCGGCACGCCGAGUCCGAAAACUGAUGUUGUGUACUUGUUAGGUACCGUAUAUAGUUCUUGUCUGUCAGCCUGUCUUUAACCACAAUAGUAAUGUCAACUUGCUAAUAACUGUUUUGUCGGUCGGUUGCCUUCGAGAUAUUAUUUUUUUGCCCCAGUAUUGAUUUUAUUUUUCAGUUUUGGCAGUAUACAUACAGAUUUUUUGUUUAUUAUGCUUGGGAACCGAACUGAGAAAAUCACGUUUAUGAUCAUGCAACUUUCCUUGUGGUGUAAAUGAUUAUAUUAUAAAAAAUAACAUGUUUUAAUUUUUAUUUAUAUAAAUAUAACUACAAACUUUCACAUGACAUGAGUAUGCACUUACGCAUAUGAAUAUAAUUAAAAAUAUUUAAAAUGCAUUUAUUCAUGUAAUCUUUGGGAUUUUAUUAAAAGUUGAGAUUUCAACUUUCAAAUGGGACUGCGGAACAAAUAUAACUUUCAAACGAUAA